GUAACUUGUAUGUCAUCAACACUGUCGGUAUUGGAGCCUGGGAGGAGAAGACCAGGAACCGCAUCAGGAGCCUCUGGGCAAACCAGGCCUGGCAUAACAUAACAGGAAUCAAGACUGUCUUCCUGACAGGUGCCGUCACAAACCCUAAGAUAAUGGCCGACUUGAAGGAAGAAAGUCACAGGUACCAUGACAUCAUACAGUUCAGCUUUUUGGACACGUACAAUAACUUCACCUUCAAGAUUCUGGGUGCCCUACAUUGGAUCAUCAACUUCUGCCCAACACCUGUCUGGGUACUUAAAAGUGACUCAGAUGUUUUGGUGAACACAUUUGAGCUCAACAGAUUUCUAAAGGAAUAUGAUGAGAAAACAAACUACAGUAGAAACCACUUCAUAUGCAGGAAGACAAAAAAUCCAUCUCCCCCAUGUCGCCAAACUUGUCAACAAGUCAAGUGGAGAGUGAGCCUUGAUGAGUACCCCCACAAAUAUUACCCAGCUUACUGCUAUGGUCCUGGCUAUAUUAUCCCAAGAAGACUGGUAGCACAUCUGUAUGGUGCAGCCAACAAGACUCAUCCCUUCAGAAUGGAGGAUGUCUAUUACACUGGACUUAUCCCUCAAAAACUAAAAUGGAGCAAUGCGAUAGACAACAUAGCCAAUCGUUUUCCAUGGCGCCCAAGAUUUUGGAAAAAAUCAUUUGAAAAUACUGACCUCAUGAUACUAGAAUUAGAAGAGCAUUUAGGGCAAGGAGCAUCCAGCAAAGUGUGGAACAAAAUUCUUAAAAAUAGAGGCUUUUUAUCUUACAUAAAUAAUAAAACCGUAUUAGAGCCAUAGCAAAACAUGCAUAAAAGCAGAAAUAUAUACAGUAUUAUUAUUUACCUGCAGUACACUGAAAAAGUUAUCAAUGGCAGGUCCAUUCCUUCUAAUGAACAUUUUUCUCUGUGCCACCCACCAUGCCGAUUUCUUUAUAAGCCUUUCUUUCUCAAAAUAAUUAUCAUUCAUGAACACCGUUCAAUCUUACUAAUUGUAUUUAAAUAGUACUGUGCUGAAUUGUACAUUUUACAAAUACAAUACUGUAAUCUAAAUGUGAUUACAGUAUUUGAAUUACAUGUCCUUCCACGAAGAUAGAUUUACAGGAGAGACAUAUUUUCUUCUUGUAUUAAUAAAGUACAGUAUCUUAAAAUUAAAUAAGCAGUAUUUGUGAAUAUUUGAAAAUUUAAUGACCAGUAUGAAGUUUAUAUCAUGAAUACCUGUAAUUGUUGAUUCAGUGUCAGCUGUUUUGCAAGUGGUGAGUGGCAUACUGCCCCAAAAAGUGAGUCAGAUGCUUGCAUGCAACUCAGUGACUUUUAGAGCAUUUGUGUACUCACCUAAUUGUGCUUGCGGGAUUGAGCUUCGUCUCUUUGG